AGUUGACGUGUGCAUUCAUCCGUGAACGUGAUCUUAUUUAAUUCCUACCGCGCCAUCCAGCGCCCUUUACAUACAUUGUUACUCUCUCUCUUUCUCUCUCUCUCUCUCUCUGGCAGUUACAGAUGGUGUUCCAUCUUCUGUAUCUGCUGGAUUGCAUGUGAUACAGAAGAAGAUCAGAUGGGGAAGAAGAGGGGAAGCUGGUUCUCUUCGGUCAAGAAAGUUUUCAAGUCAUUCCCUAAGGACUCCAACUCACCCCUUCCACACAACAAGAAGGAGAAUGAAGACAAGUGGCAGCAGGAAGCAGCAGAAGUUGUGUCUUUUGAGCAUUUUCCUGCAGAGAGUUCUCCUGAUGGAACUAAUGAGGGUAGCACCACAUCAACUCCAGUGGCUGAGGACAGAAAUCAUGCCAUUGCCUUUGCCGCUGCGGGUUAUGGACGCCACUCCAAGGAGGAAAGGGCGGCGGUACUCAUUCAAUCAUACUACAGAGGAUACCUUGCUCGACGUGCACUGCGUGCAUUGAAGGGAUUGGUGAGGCUGCAGGCACUUGUGAGGGGACAUAAUGUGCGGAAGCAAGCGCAGAUGACAAUGCGGUGCAUGCAAGCAUUGGUUCGAGUUCAGGCAAGAGUAAGGGCUCGCAGAAUCCAGUUAAGUCAUGAGAAGAAGAAGCAAGAGGAGAGACAACAUGAAGCUACAAUGAAGAGGGAGAGAGCUCUUGCUUACGCCUUCAACUACCAGAAGAGUGAGACUCCACAAUUGGAUUGGAACUGGUUGGAGCGUUGGAUGUCAUCACAACACACCGAUGACAUGUCCCAAGAGAAAACGGUUCAGAUGGACAUGCUUGGGCCUCGUGAUCCAAUAAUGGCCCAAGACUACCUUAAUUCAAGCCCUAUCUCCAAAUUGCAACACCAGAGACAGCACAGUGGAGGUGCAACUGUGCCAAGCUACAUGGCCCCAACCCAGUCUGCAAAGGCCAAGGUUAGGGGUCAGGGCCAACUUAAGCAACGGCCUUCACCUGGGCCCAACUGGAACACUUCCACAAGGAGAACCCCUGCUGUUGGGUUGGGCUUUGACUCAUCUAGCUCUGGUGGGCCCACUGCAGCCUAUCAGUUUCCAAGGUGCCCAAGCCCAAAGAUAAAUGGGGUGCGGCUACAAUCUAGACGAAUUUCUGGCGGGAGCCCAGAUCAUGUUGGUGGGGAAGAUUUUGCUCUUCUCCUUGGAGCCCAUGGUUGGGCAUGACUUGCCUUUUCAUUACAAUUCUGAGAAGGAAAAAGAAAAUGUAAUUAUAUAUGAUGUUUUUUAUGAUCCGCACUUUGGUCAUUUGACACGCAUUCGUAUUUAUCGUAGUAGUGUAAUAAUGUGUUUGAUGUCACUAGCAGCAGUGUGUAACUCGAGAAAAGAGUGGAGAUUGUAACAUGCAGGAAGAUGUUUUCCGUUUUGUAAUUCCUAUUUAAAAAUGUAAAGUUAUAUUAUAUGGUUUAUCUUA